AUGUGGGAGUGUGAGUUCAAUCGUGAAAAAAAAAAUAAUGGUGAGUUACAAUCAUUUCGUGAUAGCUCAAAAGUAAUGGCAGUGAAAACGUUAAAUCCACGUGAUGCAUUUUUCGGAGGGCGUACUGGUAACGUGAAAACAUACUACGAUGUUAGGAAAAAUUCUUCCGGAAAAGAUAUUGAAAAGAUCCGAAAUGUAGAUGUAUGCUCAUUAUAUCCUUGGAUUUUAAAAACAGGUUUUUUCCCGGUUGGACACCCUGUAGUUUACGUAAAUGGUGAUUGUGAAAAUAUAGCACCAAAUAAUAAUAUUGAAAACGUACAAGGGUUGAUAAAAUGUAGAGUAUUACCUCCGAUAAGUCUGUACCAUCCAGUUUUACCUGUUAGAGCGCAUGGCAAAUUAUUUUUCUCUCUAUGUAUGAGUUGCUGCCAGAAUCAAAUUCACUCGGAAUGUCCGCAUGAAAAUGAAAGGGAUAGAGAGUUGUAUGGCACCUGGGUGGCAUGUGAGCUCCGUAAGGCUGUAGAAAAGGGCUAUGUCAUUCAAAAUGUUGACGAGGUUUGGGAUUAUCAGGUAGUACAGUAUAACCCAAAAGAAAAAAAUACUACAGGUCUCUUUGUAGAAUAUAUAAAUACUUUUUUAAAGACUAAGCAGGAGGCCUCAGGAUGGCCGAGUCAAUGCACAUAUGAAAGAUCAAAACGUGAAUAUCUGAGUGAAUAUGAGGAACAGGAAGGAGUUAAAUUAGAUCCUUCAAAAAUUGAAAAAAAUCCUGGUUUGAGAUCUUUAGCUAAACUAUUUUUAAAUUCGUUUUGGGGUAAAUUUGGUCAGUGGGAAAAUAUGAAAAAAAAAUCAAUUGUGAAUUCAUAUGAAGAAUUCUGUGAUUUAGUUUUCAAUCCCGAAAUAGAAAUAUCUGAAUUUGUACUGAUUAAUCAAGAUACAAUUUUUGUUAAUUGGACUAAUAAUUUAGAUAGUUUCACUCCAUCUGACAGGGUAAAUGUAGUUAUUGCUGCUUUUACAACCGCACAGGCUAGACUCAAACUGUACAGUUAUUUAGAAUACUUAGAUAGACAGGUUUUAUAUUACGAUACAGACUCUGUAAUUUAUGUCAGUGAUGGUUCACGAGAUUUGCCAACUGGUGAUUUUCUUGGUGAUCUGACUGACGAGUUAGAAGGAUACGGAGAGGGUAGCUACAUUUCAUCAUUCGUAUCUGGUGGUCCCAAAGUUUAUGCCUACAUUGUACAAAAGCCCGACGGAGCUACAGCCGAGUGUUGUAAAUUAAAAGGGGUAAGAUUAAAUGCUGAAACAUCCGAACUAGUUAAUUAUAAUACUGUACAUUUUCUUGUAGUCGACAAUGUAGACUCUUUUAAUAUUAAUUACACAAGUAUACGUAGAGAUCAAUAUCACCAAGUUUUGACACAGAAAGAGACAAAAAUUAUCAGAGCAACUGGUCCCAAGAGACGUAGACUGGGUGAGUCAGAUAGCUUACCAUAUGGAUAUAAACGGUCUAAGCCGGAGAUUAAGAAAUAA